AUGAAUUUUUCGAUUUUUAAGGGCAAUAUGAGUUACUCUCCCAACACAAAUGCAUUUGCUUAUGGUUUUAUGUCACCAACACAGCAGAUUAAAAUGAGAAAUGCCGUUUCCUUUUGUUAUGAUACUACACAUGCUAUCUCUGGCAAAAUUGAUGAGAUUUUGUAUACUCUUCUUGUUUGUGACAAAGAAAUUGGUAGAGGAUGGCCUGUUGCUUUCAUGGUAACAAAUGACUGGGGUGUUGGCCCUAUUGUACAGUGGCUACAGUUUUUGAAGUCUUCCCUUUUGCUUAUCAAUCCUCAGCAAAUUACUAUUGAUUGCUGCUCAGCAGAAGUACAUGCAAUCCAGCCCACUUUCCCUUCCACACAGAUUCAAUUCUGCAUCUUUCACGUCACUCAAGCAUAG